UAGGAAGAUUGGAGUUUAACGAGUUCAAUCUUAUCUUCAAUUUCCAUUCAAUGAAGAAAACAGAGGAACGGCUGAUAAUUUGUAAAAUAUUGGCGGUGUUAGGUUUUGUCUAAAAAUUGUUUGCUUUGUGGUAAAUAAGCUUUGUUUUGCUAUUUAAACUGAGACAAUUCGGUGAAACGUUACAGUUGUAUAUCAGCCAUUGUAUAACUUUUUAAAAUCUACAAUGUCAAUCAUAUUCACAGAGGUAGAAAAUCCAAAUAAUUGUAAGGCCAGACCAUUUCAUGGUACUGCCGGAAUAGUGCGUGCAACUAUCGAUCCGGCAACGUAUGAUCAAUUACCUUUUCCAAAGGAUUACAAAUACUUCUCUUGUUUACAACCACGAACAUAUGUCGAUUGGGCUGAACGUAUUCAAAAUUUCAAGGUUCGAUCAGACGACAUUUGGGUGCUAGGUUUUCCAAAAACUGGCUCUACUUGGAUCCAAAAUAUUGUAUAUCCAUUGAAAAACAAUCUGGACUCGACCAUCUUCUCGCCACUCAAUAAUUUUCUUGAGAUACAUUCGAUACUCGAUAAUAUCGACGGUGACGAGGAAUUUGCAAAAUUUAUUGAGAGACGUGAAAAACUUUUUGAAGAGUUGGAUACACUUCCGUCUCCACGGUUGAUGAAAUCACAUUUACCGGCUUAUUUACUGCCCAAGGAAAUAUGGACUGUUCGACCGAAACUUAUUCACAUGAGUCGUGAUGUCAAGGAUGUUGCCGUCUCCCAUUAUCAUAUGUGUCGUAAUAGUAUUUUUCUUCCUUACAAAGGCAGUGCACACGAAUUCUUCCAUAGUUUCUACAACGAUUAUUUUGUAUGGGGGCCAUACCAUCAGCAUGUUCAAAGCUUUCGUCAACUCCAUCACUUGGAUCAUCUUCUUCUGAUGACGUAUGAAGAAUUGUCAGCAAAUACAUUGGCCUCUGUUAAACGAUUGAGCGAAUUUUUAGGAUGCAAAUAUAGUGACGAAGAUUUGCAUCAACUGAUUGAACAGGCUUCAUUCGAAAAGAUGCAAAGAAAACUCACAACGAUACCGGGAUUUAAUCCGGACUUCAAGUUUUGUCGUAAAGGCAAAGUCGGUGGCUAUCGGGAUGAAAUGUCUGAAGAAGAUGUAAAAAACUUCGACGAAUGGACGGAGAGGAACAAGAAAGAACUAGCAAUUGAGUGAAAAUAUUGCAAUAUGGUUCAAAAUGAGAUAUUUCCCAUUGAACACUGAUUAAUAUUGCGAAGAAUUGUUUGUCAUUUGUAGAAGAUAGAGUACACUUGGAUUUUGUUGAUAAAGUAAGAAAAAUUGUUGAAUACAAAUAUGUAUUUAUUUUUGAUUUUAAUUUGGUGAUGAUUAUUUGAGUCAUGUUUCA